CUUGCAAUGUUGGCUUGCCUGGGACUGUACAUGUGACAUGUCUUGAGUUUCGUUUCUUAUGAACAGGUAAUUCCACUUUGACUGUCAUCGUAAUUCACCAGUUAACAUGUGGAAUACUGUGAUUAUAGUUUGGAUCAUUUGUUUCGUGGAUGGAAAAAUUAUUAACGAGUGCCGUCUGGUUCUUCACGCGCUGACCACGGCCGUGUUUCAGCUUUAUCUGGCGCUGUUACACCUGCGCCGUGCCAUGCAACACUACGUCAAAGGUUAUUGGGUUUUUUUACGUCUUUUACUAAUCGGUGAACUGAAGGAUUAUUGUAACGACGAAGAGCGCAGGAUGUACAAAUGUACUUGUCCCAUCAAGAUCUGCGUUUAUUUUCUCGAGAGUUUGUGCUUAUUUUGUGAAUUUUUCAUGCACUUGCUGGCAGUGUUUUCGACACUCUGUGUCGGUUUACGUCACGUCCUACUGGGGGCGCGGUUUCUCCUGCUGUCCACGGCACGCUGCCUGCAACAGUGGCUGCUGGCCUAUUUUUUUAAAGGGGAGUUGGAGGAAUGGCAGAAAAAACAGAAGAUGCAGAAAGAUGAAAUACAGAAGGAAGGAGAACAGGUGGAGGGAUUUCUUGCUGGCAGUGUUUCGACACUCUGUGUCGGUUUACGUCACGUCCUACAGGGGGCGCUGUUUCUCCUGCUGUCCACGAUGCGCUGGCUGCAACAGUGGCUGCUGGACUAUCUUUUAACAGGGGAGUUGGAGGAAUGGCAGAAAAAACAGAAGAUGCAGAUAGAUGAAAUACAGAAGGAAAUAGAACGGGUGGAGGGAUUUCUGUCUGAAUACUGUCAGGAUGCAAUUACUUCACUAAAGCCACCGAAGAGAAAUAUCCCAGAUAAUACGGUACCAAACAACCACAUACGGUAAAAAAGAAAUUUCUCUGGCCAAAAAUAUGUUUAAAAUAUAUGCUAAAUAAAUUUUUUAGAAUGUAAAGCCCUAAUUAAAUAUAUUAUGGAAUUAUAUUAUAUUUUAACCUUCAACAUAUAUUUCAAAAUGUAUUUCAAGGGCAAGCAAAUACAUUUCUAAUUUUACAAUCCAUAUGCAAGGAAUUCUUGGCUCAAACAUAUGUUAAAUAUAUGCUAAAGUUAAUUAUAUAAGUAUAUUUUGAAGUUGAAAUAAUAUUUAAUUAUUACCUAUUCAAACCUGUUAUUUUUAAAAGUUUUUUUUUACUGUUUUGUAAACGUAAAAAUUUUUCUUUUAAUGCGACGUAAAUAUAUAUCCCUGGUUUGAAAUAUAUAUUGAUGACUAAUUAUAUAUUUUAAAUGCUUCAAAAUAUAUUUAUUUUAAAAUCUAAAUCCUAAAUUCUAAAUAUACAAAAAAUGCAUUGGUGAAAAAUAUAUUACAAAAUAUAUUUUAGCAAAAAUAUUUUUUGGCCAUUUUAUGUAUAUUUAAAAAUAAUUUUUGGCCAAAGAAAUUUAUUUUUUGCUGUAUGGGACACUUUUUACAGAAAAUAUAUUGUUAUGGCCUGUAACAUUUUGUGAACAAUGACAAUGAAUACCAAAUAAUAUAUCUAAGUAUUUAAAGGGAUAGUUCACUUUAAAAUGAAAAUUAUGUCAUCAUUUACUCACCCUCAUGUUGUUCUAAACCUGUAUGAAUUUCUUUUUUCUGAUGAACACAAAAGAAGAUAUUUUGAAAAAUGAUGGUUAACACACAGCAGUAAGUGUUCAUAGACUUCCAUAGUAGGAAUAAAAAAUAUGAUGGAAUUUAUUGGGUACCGUCAACUGUGUGCUUACCAUCAUUUCUCAAAAUAUUUUCUUCAUCAUUUAUCACAAUACUUCCAAAAUAUUUUUUUCCCACUAUGGAAGUCUAUGGUCACUAUCUGCUGUGUGUUUACCAUAAUUUCUCAAAAUAUCUUCUUUUGUGUUCAUCAGCUAAAAAAAUUCAUACAGGUUUAGAACAACAUGAGGAUGAGAAAAUGAUGACAGAAUUUUCAUUUUAAAGUGAACUGUCCCUUUAAAGUAUAACUAUUUUUUUGCAGUUAUAGAUGGUUUCAUCGGACGCACGUGAUACACGUCUGGAUCCGAACCUUACUUCCGGUUUCGUUUUUUUUAAUGGUCUGACUAGUUGCUAAACUGAUCUCUUGAACAAAUGCCUCAUCGAAAAUAACAAAUGUUUUGGUUUCCUACGUAAUCUAUGUGUUGUUUUGUUUGCUUGUUAUAUAAAUAAACUAUGUUUAAAGAAUUUGUUGUUAUUUAUUAUUAGCGGAGUUUACCGGAAGUUACGUGCGGACCGCGACAGCGGCUUGUUUAUGUUGUUACCGCUGAAACGGUCUAUAUGACCCAUAUGAUUUGCUCCAAUAUUUGUUACCAACAGCCUCUUCCAUCAUUGUAUUCCUAUUUCUUACAAUGCACACUUGAACACAAUACAUGACCCUGCCUAUAUGAAAACCCAGCUAAAGUCAUUUUUUGUGAUUUAGUGUAUAAAAUCAUCCUAUAUAAUUAACUUUACAUGGUAUCCUUAUAUCCAAUCUUUUUAAAUUGACUUUCU